AUGAUUGUUAAAGAGAGGCGACUCAUCGAUCAUGACAAAUUCAUUCCACACAAGGACAUCUCCACCGACCAGAAAUCGAAAAGCUUUUGUCCCCCGAUUAUCAAUUUUUGUGUUGCUGUCAUCUCUUUUCAAUUCAACCACUCUGACAUUUUGUUUCGGUUCGAUGUGUUCGCUCGAAUGGCGCCCGAGCAAAGCAAAUGUAGUAAAUAUCUACAAACUCUUGACUACACGGUGGCCAUGUGCGGUGAUGGGGCGAAUGAUUGUGCCGCUUUAAAGGCAGCCGAUAUCCGUUGUGUUCCAGGUGAUCCGCGAGAAGUCGAGCCGCUCUCGUCACUUCUUUUGGUGUCUUCAAAUACAUGGCCAACUAUUUAUUCAAUUGCUCAAUUCUCAACGGUGAUGCUUGUCUACUUUCAUUUGAAUGCCGUUCCCGAUCUCAAAUUUCUCUUUAUUGAUCUCUUUCUUUACGCCACCUUUAUCGCCAUGUUUUUGAAACACUGGCCCAGGAUCCUCCACCCACAAAACUCCUCGCAUUGUCCUCAAUGGUCAGCGUUGUCGGGCAAAUGCUCAUUUUUGGACUCACACAGCCCACCAAAAUUGAUCGUCGAUCUCCUCGAAUUCGAUCCAAUCCCAUAUUUCUCUGUGCGACUCUACAUCAUGUUUACAGCUUUGGCCUGUUGUGCUGUCGCGUAUCUCUUCAAUACUUUUGUCGUCGAGUAUCUGAUCAUCGUGAAUUGGAGAAAUGGAGGAAACUUUAAAAUUGGAAAUCCUAAAUCGACGAUCCCGAAAUGGGAAAGGAUUAUGUUGAGAAUAGCUACGAAUACCUCGUGGAUUUCCGAGGAAGCAAAGAUUGAGAAUCGAUCUCUUGAUCAAAAACAAAAUCCUGGCGAAAGAAGAGCCACUUUCGAGGUGAUCGAUGAGGCUGAGAAGAAU